UGAUGGUGCCCACUUUGGAACCCCAGUUCAACAAUUGGCUGAUUUUAAUUUAAGUGCCGUUGAAAGCCUAUACCUUGAUAUUAAGCUUAUCACACACCUAUAUGAAGUUAAUUUCUUUCUAGUCGAAUUGCUGACGUUUAAAGUAGUUUUAAAUGAUUCUAAUAUUGAGCAUCUGCCUGAUACUUUAAUAUUUGUCGAAAUCGCGUCAACAAUCAAACAUUAUCUGCUAGAUUCAUUUCCCAUCACCAAAUAG